AUGCAAGAAAUCCUGCUCUUUUUUGCGCGAUGGACGGUGAAUAUCAUUCUUGGCGGUUUUAUGGGGAUGCCUAUUUUCCUAUUUGAGGCAAUAAGGGCAGCGAUUUGGGCUAAGUCACAAGAUUUUCCGACAAAACCAAAGCCACUUCCGAAAUCAAUCGCCCGACGAUUCCUUGAAACAGAAACAGGUCUUACGAUGGAAUAUCUCAGUUCAACGAAAGAAACUGACAAAAUCGCCGUCUUCUUGCACGGGUUCCCUGAUUCACCAACAAGCUGGAUUCCACUUAUGCUAAAAUUCCAGAAUGAAGGAUUCCAGACUUUUGCGCCAACGCAGAGAGGAUAUGGUCAGACAAGAUCGAAUAAAACGGAUGAGAUCGAGGACUAUGCACUCGACUGCCUUCGGGAUGAUGCUGCAUCAUUUAUUGAAAACAUUAACUCAGGAAAAAAGGUCACGCUAGUUAUUCAUGACUGGGGAUCAGUCGUUGGCUUCCAUUUGGCGAGAACUCGGCCAGAACUUGUUGAACGAGUCAUUGGAAUAAAUUCAGUCUCACUUCCUGCAUACAAUGAAACAGCAUUGACCAAUGUUAGACAAACUCUUGCCAGCUUUUACAUUUACGUCUUUCAAUUCCCUAUAUUUCCCGAGUUGAUGUGGAAAAUGAAUGAUUUUGCUCUUCUCAAAGCGAUUUGCUGUCAAAUGGCACAGAGAGGCUACGGACAGACGAGAUCGGAUAAAACUGAUGAGGUCGAUGAUUUUGCGCUUGAUUGUCUUCGAGAUGACGUUGCUUCAUUUAUUGAAAAUAUCAAUUCAGGAAGAAAGGUCACACUCGUUAUUCAUGACUGGGGAUCACUUGUAGGCUUCCAUUUGGCGCGAACUCGUCCGGAUUUGGUUGAGCGGAUAAUUGCAUUCAAUUCAGUCUCACUUCCUGCAUACAUUGAGACAGCAUUGAGCAAUAGGAAACAAACAUUUGCUAGACGAAUGGGAACGCAUAGGGAGGAUGUCGAAGAUGUGAUGACGGGAAUGGGAGCUCGAACAAGACCGAGUCCAUUUACGGAGCCAAUAAACUGGUAUCGUGCUCUCGGCCGAGUCGCACUCAAACAUGCAGUCAAACACAAGCCAAAGAGUUUUAAAUUUUUACGACAAUGUGCUGUCUUAGAUAAAAUUCAGAUUCCGCAUAAUGUGCUGAUUCUCUGGGGCGACAAAGACAUUGCACUUAUCAAAGAACUUCCGGAAAAUGAAAGAAAAUAUAUCUCUGGCGAUGUCGAAAUCGAACACUUUUCUGACUACGGGCAUAACAUGUUCCAUGCUAAUCCCGACUUGGUCUGGAAAAGUAUUCAACGAUGGAUGAAGAAACAGUAA